UAAUGUGUACUGUGUUUUGAUUCGACUGUUUUGAAGGAAUAUUGUUCUUUUCUUGACUUUAUAAACAUUUUUGAGUAAUUGUUAAUUAACAUCAUUGGCAUCAUAAUUUAAAUAAUAAUGGAACCAAACAUACCUGGUUCUUCAGCAUCUUCCAGAGCGACACGAUUUAUGAUGGAAGGUGUUGGAGCUCGCGUAAUACGAGGUCCAGAUUGGAAGUGGGGCAAACAGGAUGGUGGAGAAGGACAUGUAGGCACAGUAAGAAAUUUUGAAUCCCCAGAAGAAGUUGUUGUUGUGUGGGAUAAUGGGACUGCUGCCAAUUAUAGAUGUUCUGGAGCUUAUGAUUUGCGGAUACUGGAUAGUGCACCAACAGGAGUUAAACAUGAGGGAACUAUGUGUGAUACUUGCCGCCAGCAACCAAUUUUUGGUAUUCGAUGGAAAUGUGCAGAAUGUAGUAAUUAUGACCUUUGUUCUGUGUGCUAUCAUGGGGACAAGCAUCAUUUGAGACAUAGAUUUUACCGCAUUAGUGCUCCAGGAGCUCAGCGUUGCCUUGUUGAACCUCGAAGAAAGAGUAAAAAACAGGCUGUUAGAGGUAUUUUUCCUGGUGCUAGAGUUGUUAGAGGAGUGGAUUGGCAGUGGGAAGAUCAGGAUGGCGGAAAUGGUAGAAGAGGGAAAGUAAAUGAGGUACAGGAUUGGUCAGCAGCUAGUCCUAGGUCAGCUGCCUAUGUUGUGUGGGACAAUGGAACCAAAAAUUUAUAUAGAGUUGGCUUUGAGGGAAUGGCUGAUUUGAAGGUUGUAAACGAUGUUAAAGGCCAGAAUGUUUAUAAAGAACAUUUGCCAUUAUUGGGAGAAUUAGGUCCAGGACGUACUGGCCCUCAUGGCUUGCAAGUUGGUGAUCAGGUGAAUGUAGACCUAGAUUUGGAGAUAGUACAGUCAUUACAACAUGGACAUGGCGGUUGGACAGAUGGCAUGUUUGAGUGCCUUGGCUCCACAGGAACUGUCGUUGGUAUUGAUGAAGACCAUGAUAUUGUUGUUACAUACACCAGUGGUAAUAGAUGGACUUUCAAUCCUGCUGUUUUAACCAAGGUAUGUGGCGCAAAUUUGAGUGCAUCAGCGUCAGCGAGCGGUGUCCCCGGCGGGUUCGCUGUGGGCGAUCUGGUGCAGGUCAGCUCCGAUCAGGAGCGAGUCAAAGCGCUGCAGCGCGGGCAUGGCGAGUGGGCCGAGGCUAUGGCACCUACACUAGGCAAAAUAGGUCGUGUGCAGCAAAUUUAUCACGACAACGAUCUUAAAGUAGAAGUAUGCAACACAUCAUGGACUUACAAUCCUAAUGCUGUCACAAAGGUUGCUUCUUCUGAUGGCAGCGUACCAGGGAACUCGUCAGGCGAGCGUCUGUCAGCGCUCUUAAAAACCCUAUUCGAAUCUCACGUGACGACGGGGGACGCAAACGAAGAGCUAGUGAAGGCGGCUGCCAACGGCGAUGCGGCGCGGUGUUCAGAAAUCUUGGCGCGAACAGACGGCGCUCAUGCUGACGUCAACGGCGUCUAUGGUGGCCAUACUGCUUUGCAGGCGGCCGCCCAGAACGGUCACGUAGAAGUGAUCCGCACGCUGGUGGAGCUGGGCGCGGAGGCGGACGCCGAGGACCGCGACGGGGACCGCGCCGCGCACCACGCCGCGUUCGGCGACGAGCCGGCCGCCUUGCGCGCGCUGCACGCCGCCGCCGCCGACCUCAACGCCCGCAACCGCCGCCGCCAGACGCCGCUGCACAUCGCUGUCAACAAGGGCCACCUGGGCGUCGUCAGGACGCUGCUGCAGCUCGGCGUACACCCCAGUCUGCAGGAUUCCGAGGGUGACACCUCUCUACAUGAUGCCAUCACCAAGAAACGUGACGACAUGUUAACAUUAUUAUUGGAGCAUGGAGCAGACAUGACUUUAACUAACAACAAUGGUUUCAAUGCUCUGCACCACGCUGCACUUCGAGGCAAUCCAAGUGCUAUGAAGAUAAUGCUGGGUAAAUUGCCCCGUCCGUGGAUUGUGGACGACGCAAAGGAUGACGGAUACACGGCACUUCAUCUUGCGGCUCUGAACAAUCACGCGGAGGUCGCCGAGCUGCUGGUGCGUGGUGGCGCUCGUCCUGACCUUCAGAAUGCCAAUCUGCAAACGGCUCUUCAUUUAGCCGUCGAACGACAGCACACACAGAUAGUACGGUUAUUAGUCGCCCAUGGUGCGGACCUUAACAUUUGUGAUAAGGACGGCGACACGCCUCUGCACGAGGCCCUCCGACACCAUACCCUGCAACAGCUGCGGCAACUGCAAGAUGCUCGUGGCGCUGCCUUACUUACCGGGCUUGCGCACACGCACGAUAAAAAAUCGUCCGCCUCUAUCGCAUGCUUUUUGGCCACACACGGGGCCGAUCUUACUAUAAAAAAUAAAAAAGGGCAAACUCCUUUGGACCUGUGUCCCGAUCCUAACCUCUGCAAAACGUUAUCAACGUGUCGCAAAGAGGGAGCAGCGCUUGGAAGUAAUAUUCCACCAGAGAUAGAACCCAGCUCAAUGAACGCCGCAUGUGGAAGCAGCUCGCUAGUGACGCCAAUGGAGAUCUCCAAUGGGGACAGUACACAGUUUCAGGAUCCCACUGCAGACGAGUGUCUCGUUUGUUCCGACGCCAAACGAGAUACUCUGUUCCGGCCUUGUGGUCACAUUUGUUGCUGCAACGUCUGUGCAGCCAGAGUAAAGAAGUGCCUGGUGUGCCGCGCGUGUGUGACGUCACGGCAGCGCGUGGGCGAGUGCGUGGUGUGCUCGGAGGCGCCGGCGACGGUCGUGUUCCGUCCGUGCGGCGACGUGUGCGCGUGCGCAGCGUGCGCGCCGCUCAUGCGCAAGUGCGUCGAGUGCCGCACCCCGCUGCAACCGCCGCCACCGCCCGCGCAACCCGCGCAACCCGCGCAACCCGCGCAACCCGCGCAACCCGCGCAGACCGCGCAACCAGCGCAGCCCGCCCACACGCACCAACCGCACGCGCACACAGCGCAGCUCUCCAAGCCCGACCUGGAAAAAGAGGGUAGCAACCUGGCUCAGGUGCAGGUAAACAAGGGGCAGCCAGCUCCAACGCAGGCCGCCGCGCACCUCAUGAACAACGGCUCCCGGCCCGGGCCCGCGCCCACGCAGCCCGCAGACGUGCAGAAACUGCAGCAACAGCUCCAAGAUAUCAAGGAACAGACUAUGUGCCCGAUCUGUUUGGAUCGUCUGAAAAACAUGAUUUUCCUGUGCGGCCACGGCAUGUGCCAAAUGUGCGGUGAUCGUAUCACCGUGUGCCCCAUCUGUCGCAAACAAGUGGAAAAGAGGAUAUUGCUCUACUAGAAGAGGUUGUCAACUCCGAAUGUCAGCAAGUAAUUAAAUCUCUUCUCGCGUAGUCUGCUAUCAGUAUAAAAGAACCUCGUGUAUAAGGCCCAUAUGUACAUAGUUACAUUAUUAGUGUUUAUAUUUUUAAAAUGUAUCCUAAAACCUCCAUCUGCAUCUGAACACAUUAAGUAGUCAUCAAUGACAAAAUUGGAACUGAUUAAUAUAUAAUUUUAAACUUUAACCUAUAAAUACAUAUAUUAAUUUACUUAGUUGGCCAUUGCUGACAUUUUACCAUCAUGUAUUAGUAAUUAACAAAUGUCAAAUCUUGUAUAAUCAAAGUCAUAGUUGUAUGAAUACAAUAAACAUGUUUAACAUAUUCUUAUUUAUAUCAGAAUAACGCCUGUCGAUCGUGAUACCAUUAUAAUUAAAUUGCAUUUAUGUUUAUAAUAAAUUUACAUUUAAGAAAAUAUAAUUUUUAAUUUGUAUCAUCUAUUUAUAGAGAAAUCCUCCGAAACAUGGUCAAGUACGACCAACUUAUGUGUGAACUGAAGUGAUGAUGAAAUUAUAUGAAUGACAUUGCGAAAUGACAAUGCCUAUUCAUAAAAUGGCACUGGUCAAUUCCACUUAACAAACGUUCCAAAUAACGCAGUUUUCAUAUCUGUGUCCUAUAAUACCCUAAUCACAUGAAUUUUUAAUAUGAAUGUGUGUGUGAAUAUAUUUACCGUGAUGGUUCUAUUAACACCACUAUAUAUAUUACACACUUAUAAACUUGCCUACCAUUAAGUAAUUAUGUACGAUAAACAUAUACGUAACAUAUGUACUUUUCUAUUUAUUUUUUAAUACCCAUAUCUACAUUGUAGAUAUCAUUAGCCAACAACUUUUUUGCAUUUAUGUCCGAUCGUUGUAUUUAUUAUUAGAUAUUUCCGCAGUAAAGUACACAAACAAAUAAUUAAAUAUGUAAUAAUUUGUAUGUUUAAAAUAUUCAAUUAU